AUGAGGCAAGGCCCGCAGACAGUGGAAGGAAUCCAUGCCCGCGGCCCACUCCUGGUCGUUACCGCUAUUCUAACUGGUAAGUACCAUUGCCUUCCAUGGUUGGGGAUUGUUCAACGGCAUCGCUUGACAGGUCGACAUGGAGUUGAGUGGCGUGAGAUAGCGGGAAGACCGUCGUGCGCUGAACCGGCCAUUUGCCGUGGGCCAACGCGCGGAUGGCAGAUGCAGGCAUCAGCCAAGCAUGCUGGUGGACUAAAAAGCGAGCUUCGAGCUCAAACUGGUCUGUGUGUUAUGGAGAAUAUGGAUGCUGAUUUGACGCUGACCGGAGAUUUUCGCGGCGGCGACCCAAGCCGCAACACCUGCGGCCCUUCAUUAUCUUUCGCCCACAAUGGGAUUUUGGAGUCCUUGAGGAAUCAACUACAUUGCACUGUCUACUUUGUUAUCUCUAGAGAGUUCCAAGUCAACUUCCUCUCACUCUCACUCGGCCGUGUGUGCUCGAAUUCGCAACAAGGUACUACACUCAACCCUGGUACACCGGAAGGUUCGCCCCGAUCCAUUCAACUCCCCCAUCCAGUCACAUCGUCUAUGGCCCCCAUCACACAAAACGAAUUGGAUAUUUGCCUCGAUCCACUCUCACAACGGCCAAACAUGAUAUACUUUGUUCCUUCGCGUGCCUUUCACGCAACCAGUGACAUCCCCGAAGCUACAGGCCGCACACAGCAGCUGAGACCGAGGACUGAACCCGGGGCGAAAACAGAAGGAAUGUGCGUGAUGAUAGACUACUGCAGAUCCGAUCCGAUCCCAAGGCAAGCCAGGAAAGAAGCCACGGUCGGUCGGAACUGGGGCGCCAUCAUGCUCAUGCGCCAGGGAUUUUCAGCUGAACGUGUGAAUGCUACGAGUUCCACUGCAGAAUUAGGCUUGCAGCUCGACUAUUUACGUGGGAUUCGAUAG